CCCACCAGCUUCACUCCCUCUCUCCCGUGGCAUCGCAGCGUCAGCCUGGGAGAGCCAGCCUUGGGGAGACAGCCGAGCCGGGCUUGGGGAGACAGCCGUGGGAAAAGGGAGGGGGCCAUGCCUCCCCGUUCUCCCCUCCUCUACUCUAGGAUGCAGCACCAGUGACCCGCAGAGCAAGGUGGCCAACAAGGGGACUGAGGCAUUUGCCCUGCUAGCCCACCCCAAGCUACCAUCACCCACUGCCCCAUCCGUGACCAGCUCUGCUCACCUGGCUGUGACAGAAGACAGUGGAUUAAGCCAUAAACCUGCCGCCAGACCAAGCUUCCAGUGGCCUCCACAGCACUGAGGGUGACCCCAGACACCCCCUGGGGACACCUCCACCAUCCUCACCGCCAGGCACGUACUCGCUGCAGGUGAUUUCAUGAGCAAAACGUAGUGCAGGGAAGCAGGGGGACAGGCACCCUUCCCACCUGCGGAAAGCCAAGGUGACAUUCCCCCACGAACAUCGGAGCAGGAGCGAUGGGGAGGCCAGGGAUGUGACAGGCCACCCCAGUGCUGGAAGGCCAGCGAGGGCCACUUUGGGGGUCUUUUUCAAAGGCAGGGGAAAGGUGAGGGGUGCAACAUGAGCUUGGGGAAGCUGCCGGUGCUCAGCUGGGUGUCAGGCUCCCAUGGGAAGCGGCGGUUGAAGUCAGAGCUGACACCGGACAUGAUCAGCCCACCGCUGGGGGACUUUCGGCACACCAUGCACGUGGGGCGUGGUGGGGAUGUCUUCGGGGACACCUCUUUCCUCAGCAACCAUGGAGGGGCUGACACGGCCAAAGCCAACAACUUCUUCACCCGGACGCUGCGACAUGUCCGGCGGACACCGCUGAGGAGCCGAGGCAGUGGGGGCCAAGUGGGGGCAUCACCCGCCCCCCCAGCAAUCUCGCCCAUCAUCAAGAAUGCCGUCUCGCUGCCGCAGCUAAAUGAGGGGACAUAUGACGGCGGCAGUGGCCGGGGCUUGACCAGCAAGUUCUCCUUCAAAAGUGCCUCCAACAGCUUCUCCAAAACACACCAGGCCUACGGGCUGGAGUCCGGGUUUUGCACCAUCCCUCGCGUCCCUCGCUUGGAAAAGGCCCAAGAGAGUGCCUUCCCUGGGGAAGCAGAGCUGAAGCGCUCAGACUCCCUGCUUUCCUUCCGCCUGGACCUGGGACCCUCCCUGAUGAGCGAGCUUCUCCAGGUGAUGAGCUUCUCCGAAACCAGUAACAGUGAGGUGGGGGACAAUGGCCCAAACCUUCUGUGUGGUGAGGGGACGAAGGAUGGGGUCCUUCCAGCAUCAGGCGUAUCCCAUGGAAAGGACAAGGCAACAUCCAGCUUCUGGGACCACUCCAGGCAGAGCAGCCUGUCGGAGGCCAGCUCACUGCCAGGACUGUCGGUCCAUGCCAAUGGAGAAGCACACGUCAUCGAGGGUGCUGGCGAGGACCCUGCCUGGGCGUCGGGGCCAGGGGCAGCGUCCAGAGGGACCCCAUGGCAGGGUCACUGGAACGACUGCACCAUCGAAGCAGGGGAGUUUGACAGGGCAGCCCAGGUCCUGGCCCGCCACUAUGGUGGGACCAGCACCCCACGGAGCUCAGAGAAGGGCGAGGGUCCCCUGCAGGCCCGGACGCAGACCCUGUGGGAGAGCCCCAGCAGCAGCCUGUGGGGGUCACAAGUGACAGGGGAGAGCCAGUCCCCCGAGGCCACCUGGAAUCAACAAGAGGAGGAGGAAGACGAGGAGGAGGUGGAGGAGGAGGAGGCCAAGUUCUCCAGCCUGCGGGAGGGGUAUGCUGGUGCCCAUGAGGGGCGCAGCAAUUCCUUUGAGUAUGCCGAUGAGGAGGAAGAUGAUGAAGUCAAGGUGUGAAGAGCCAUCCUUCCCACCAUGGCCCCCUGCCAGAGGCGCUGGUGCUGGGGUCUUCGCCCUCUUCCCCGUCCCCCACCCUCAGGUGCCAGUGUCACUGCCAGACCCAGCAGAUGACCUCCUUGCCAAGCUGGGGGCACUGGGGGACCAGAGAGGGGCAGGAGGAGAGCCUGUCUCCCGGGGGCGCUCCCUGGGGCUAGACUAGGCUGCUGCGGAGGGCCAGUGAGGGCUGUGCAUCACAGCGCUGGGCAUCACUGCCUGCUCCCCACCUCACUGCCAUUAGACACCAAAGGGACAUUCCUAUGUGCCAAAGAAACCCCAAAACCUUUCCUAACCCAUCCCAUUCCUCCCUGGAACCCUCUCUUCCAUGUCUCAGCCUGGCCUCACCAGCAUGUCUGGGGAUGUGCCUGGUCCCCCACUGACACCCCCAACCACCCUCUGCACUGGCAUGGGUAUCCUUCUGGUAGGCCUGGGAGGACCUCCCACCGAUAGCUCUGGCAUGUAGGGGAUGGGGGUCUCCCUAGCUCCAGCUGGUGCAAGACGCUCCCAUAUAGCACAUCUGUCUACUGGGUGAGGUCAGCUGGGGGCUCAAGGGGCAGGCAAACCCCACAGAGCUGAGCUUUCUCUUUUCCCUUCCCCCCAAAAAAAGCUGUGAGCUCAGUGUUCAUGAGGUGAGAGCACACAGAGAUAAUCGCAGGGGUCUUUUCAUUUGCCUCCUGCUGCUGAGUGUCACUGAGGACAGCUCCUUUUCUGACCCCUGCCCCCUCGCAGCAGGGAGGGGAGAAACUUCUUGGCCAGCUGAAGGCAGAGAAAAGGCUGUCAGGUCACCAGAUUCUGCAGUUCAGGCCGUAAAAAUCCCUUCCUUUCCCCCACCUCAGAACAAGGAGACUCCCACUCUGCAGCCACUCGGUCUGAGCCUCCUCUUCUCCAUCCUCACCCCCUCUUCCCGUUUCCCACAUGCGCAUCCCUCUUUCCAGCGCACCCCUUUCCAGGGGUAUGUGUGGAGGACAGCUAAUGUCCCUCACCAAGUGGCCCUGGGUGAUGUGGCCGCCCCAGAACGAGCUGCCCCCCACGCUGCCCUGCCUGCAAACUGGCCCUCACAGAAGCGGCUUUGUGCCAUGGCAUGGAGCCGAGAUGCUUGGGGACUGAGGUCACCAGAGGGACCCUCACAGGACCCCCCUUGUUCUCCGGGACAGGAGGGGGUGUGCAGUGGGGGGAGAUGCCGGGCCAUGGCCACAAGGCUCUGCUCCCACGCAGCUCACCCACCGCCUGUCUGCUUCUGGCAGGGAGCUCUUUAGAGCAUAAUAAAGAGGCACAUGUUGUACAUGGGCGCACUGCUCGCAGUCAGGCCGUUGAGGUUACAGGCAAGCCCAUAGACCCCAGCCUCCCCCAGUGGCUGCCUCGUGCUGGCCAGCAGCAGCAAGCCAGGGCAGGCAGCAGCUUGAAGGAGCCUCCAGUUCUGGCUACUGGCACACAGCAGGAUCAGCCUUACCGCCCCUGCACCCUCUGGUGCAGGGACCCUGGCUCUCAGGAUGAGUUCCCUCUGCCCUCCACUUUCCAGACCAUAACACAAACUCUAGACCAAAGACCUACACCCAUGGAAUAUCCUUUCUGCCUCCACUUUGUAUCCCAUGCACUUAUUAUUGUCCUUAUUAAAACAGUUUUGAUACUAA